CACGGGCUUCCGGACCGGCGGGGUCUCCUGACUUGGGCAGUGAGAUACGUUAACCACUUCUAAAUACCGAGCGACUGCACUUUUAUCACCAGAGACGCUUCCUCUUCGUUCCCCACCCCCAAGAAACUUCGUGAAUUCGCCUCGGGCGAUGUCAGAUAUUGUUGUUGUUACAGAUCUUAUAGCAGUCGGUUUAAAGCGGGGAUCUGAUGAGCUUCUUUCUUCUGGUGUCACUAACGGACCUUCUACCAUGAACAAUUCUACUCCUUCUGCAGGUGUGUAUGCUAAUGGGAAUGACAACAAGAAAUUUAAAGGAGAUAGACCUCCCUGUUCGCCUUCCCGUGUUCUCCAUCUUCGAAAAAUUCCAUGUGAUGUCACCGAAGCAGAGAUCAUAUCAUUAGGUCUACCAUUUGGCAAAGUAACUAAUCUUUUGAUGUUGAAAGGAAAAAGCCAGGCCUUUUUAGAAAUGGCUUCUGAAGAAGCUGCUGUUACUAUGAUAAAUUAUUACACUCCUGUUACUCCUCAUCUUCGAAGUCAGCCUGUUUAUAUCCAGUAUUCCAAUCACCGAGAACUUAAGACUGACAAUCUGCCUAAUCAGGCUAGAGCCCAAGCUGCACUGCAGGCUGUCAGUGCAGUCCAGUCAGGAAACCUGUCCCUUCCUGGAGCAGCUUCCAAUGAAGGCACAUUGCUACCUGGGCAGAGCCCUGUGCUCCGGAUAAUUAUUGAAAACCUAUUUUACCCUGUCACUCUGGAAGUUCUCCAUCAGAUAUUUUCUAAAUUUGGCACGGUGUUGAAGAUUAUCACCUUUACAAAGAAUAAUCAGUUUCAAGCCUUGCUUCAGUAUGCCGACCCAGUGAUUGCGCAGUAUGCCAAAAUGGCUCUGGAUGGCCAGAAUAUCUAUAAUGCGUGCUGCACUCUCCGUAUUGACUUCUCCAAGCUCACCAGCCUUAAUGUGAAAUACAAUAAUGACAAAAGCAGAGACUUCACUCGCUUAGACCUUCCUACUGGUGAUGGGCAGCCAUCUCUUGAACCUCCUAUGGCUGCUGCUUUUGGUGCACCGGGUAUAAUGUCCUCUCCAUAUGCAGGGGCUGCUGGAUUUGCCCCAGCCAUUGCAUUUCCUCAAGGAGCAGGUCUGUCUGUCCCAGCUGUUCCUGGAGCCCUUGGUCCUCUCACACUCACCUCCUCUGCUGUCAGUGGAAGGAUGGCCAUUCCUGGGGCAAGUGGUAUACCAGGGAAUUCUGUUCUUCUGGUCACCAACCUCAAUCCUGACUUUAUCACACCACAUGGGCUUUUUAUCCUAUUUGGAGUGUAUGGUGAUGUACAUCGAGUGAAGAUUAUGUUUAACAAGAAAGAAAACGCCUUGGUGCAGAUGGCGGAUGCAAGUCAAGCCCAGCUAGCAAUGAACCACUUAAGUGGUCAGAGGCUCUAUGGAAAAGUACUUCGGGCUACACUGUCCAAACAUCAAGCCGUCCAGCUCCCUAGAGAGGGACAGGAAGACCAAGGUCUGACCAAGGACUUCAGCAAUAGUCCCCUGCAUCGCUUUAAAAAGCCUGGCUCAAAGAAUUUCCAAAAUAUCUUCCCUCCAUCAGCCACACUGCAUCUUUCCAACAUUCCUCCUUCUGUUACAAUGGAUGAUCUGAAGAACCUGUUCACAGAAGCUGGAUGCUCAGUGAAGGCUUUUAAGUUCUUUCAGAAAGACCGUAAAAUGGCUCUCAUUCAGUUAGGAUCUGUGGAAGAAGCAAUCCAGGCCCUUAUUGAGCUUCACAAUCAUGAUCUUGGAGAAAAUCACCACCUCAGAGUUUCCUUCUCAAAAUCCACCAUCUGAUCUUUCUGUGAAAUUUUCUCCUUAUACUGGACCAUAAUUUCUGUAAAAUCUUCAGGCACAGACUGAAGCAGCUCAAGACCAAUUCUGCCUCUUUCACAAAAGUAACUCUUUGGGAGUUUGGUUGAUAUUCAAGUACAUUCAAAAUAAGAGAUAUUCCCUUUUUUCCUCUCAUUUUCUCCAGCAGAGUAUGAUCAAAAGUUUGCUUUGCCUUUGUAUUGUGGUUUCUAUGAAAAUAACUUUCAGGAAAAAAAAAAUCAGGAAAAUAUUUUUUAAAUAGUUUAAUUCCCUAAAUUAGAUUUCAAAAGGACAGAGUUUCUUUGUGUUUGGGUCCAGAUCAGCCUUACAUGACAUUUCUAAACUCCUUUGUACUUUGAGAAAUUUAAACAUACAGACUUUUACAAUUUCUUGAUGUAAUUUAAAUCACCUACAACCAAGUUUUUUUAACUUUAUGAUUCAGAAGUUUCCCUGUAGAAAAUGACAUUCAUUCAUUUAUAAAAAUUAUACCAGAUAUUUACAUCUAUUAAUAGUUAUUAUACAUGACCACAUGGAGUUAUUGAAAACAGGUUUAUAAACAUUCAUGCUUUCUUUGAGAUUUCUUUUUUCCCCACUGUAUUACACUCCUUUGAAUAAUGCAUGUCAUUUCUUUUUAAGACUAUUUGGAAAAGCAAAGUGUUGCAAUUGUCCCCAGGGAAAUAGAAGUGAAAUUCAGCCUGGAUCUAUUACAAUAUUGGCAUAAUUAGUCAUUUUAGAAAAAAAUCAUGUUUUAAAUUUCAAAAUGACAUUUGUCUAAUAAUAUAAUGUGAUCUUGGAAAAUUUUAAAAGAAAAAUAAUCCUACUUUUUUAUAAUUGUUUUCAGAAAAAAAGAAGUUUACAGUCUUAAGGAAAAAUAUUCAGGUCUAUCAUAUGGUUUGACAGAUUUUUUAAAAGUUAUUUUUGGUAAGGUCUUCUUUUAGAAAAAAAAUCUCAAGGGUUUUUGUACCACUAUAAUCUCUAAUACUCAGAAUUACUGUGUAUUUACUUAAUUUCUUAUUAUGUGCCUUAUUAUGUGCUUAAGAUAUAAUAGAUUAGAAUUUUAUCUAAAUAUCUAGAAAGAUAAAUUGUGGGCUUGGUGAGCAUUCUGUUAUUUCUUUCCCUGUCUUGGAUUUUAAGGGUUUGGUUGUUUUUGUUUUGUUUUUCUUUUUUCAUUGCAAUUUUAAGUGGUUUUCAAUAAGUAAUAGUUUCUAUUAAGAUUUUUGGUGCUUUGGGAUAGUGGUGGGAUAGAGAAGGGUGAGUGGUUUGGGAAUACAUAACUCAGUGUGCACCUGUAGGCCUCUAUAUUGUGACUGCUGGUUGCCACCAGCCGUCAGUGAAGUCGGAGCUGUAAAACUGCAGCCUCGGAUCUGUAUCUGUCUAACCUUUACUGCCCGUUAGAAUUUGUCUCAGGAUUACUUGAUUCUUUCUCAGAACUCAAGUGAGAACUUGAUUUUGUUAAUGCAACUUCAUUACAGAUAGCCCACUUAUUUGGAGUAUUAGAGAGUGGGUUAUUUUUUUAUAUUCUGACCCUCUUACUUUUUUGGUUGAAUGUAAAAGUACAUAUUAAUGUUGCUUCAAUGAUUGUGUCAUGUAAAAUUAUUUCUUUUAAUAUGAAACUGCUUUUGUUAAUUAUUUCUUCAAUGCUUGAUUGGUUUUUAAAAUACAGAAUUUGUCAGAGGGAUCAAUUUUGUCCACCCUUUCUCACUUUUAAUAAUCUCAGAGUGGAUCAUCUCAUCUUUUUAAAAGUAUCUCAGUCUUUACUUUCAGCCAUUAAUUUGAAUGUUUUUUUUUUCUUUAAGAAAGGAAGAAAAUUUUUAUAGAAGCUGAAAGAGAUAAUUAUAGAUUGGUUAAAGUCAAAUCAGAAUUCCCUCAAUACAAAGCAACUGUUGGUAGGCUAGGCAGGGAAAUGCUAAAUCGGGACAUUUCAGAUGGAUCACCCUUCAUGUUGGCUGAAUAGUUGGGUGUGAUGAUUUUCCAGUGGGUGUUUUCCCAUUUACAUUUGAGGUGUAUUUUCACACGAACACUGAAUAAAGGAGGGAAAAAAAAUUAGGACUGUCUCCCCAAAUUUGCUUUUUUUUUUUCCUCACACAGAUAUCACAUUAAUUUUCAGUAGCAUUUUAAAUUGGAUUGCUUCCUUUAUUUUGAGUUGGGAACUGCUGUGUAAUUUAUUAAUUUGUGGCACUCAUAACAUCCAGCGUAAGUGUAGCAAAGGUUAUUAAGAACAGAAGGGAAAUCAUACUGGUGUUGAAUGUAAUUCUGAAGUAAGGAUGGCCUUUAAAUACAAGAAAUAACAUUGAAAUCCUUUUCAGGGAUUUGUGUAGAUACGUGUGCAUGUGUAUGUGUGUGUAUAAGUAAGUGUAUAUACAUACAUAUACUCUUUUAAUGUUAUAUAUACAUAUGCACAUUACGUACAUUUUAAUUUAUUGACAAAAUUAACAAUGAUUUGGAAACAUAGGAUAUGCUUGUUUAAAAAAGCAUGUUUGAAGCCAUCAGAUUGUGUCUAAAAUUAGCUGUAGUGUAUGGAUGCUGUCCAUAUUUGAGCUCUUUUCUGUUUGAAUUAUAGAGGUCUACAAUAUUUGUGUUGGUAUAAAUUUAAAUAUCAAGGUGGUGGAAAAAUUUGAUCUGUGUAUUUUUAUGUUGGCACGUGCUUAUUCAGUAUCUUUUAAGCAGUGGUUUAUUUGUGCUGUUGAUCUGUGAUGAUACCUUGCUGAGUUAAUUUACUUUAUUUUUCACUUUUCAAGGUAUCCUAACUUUUACAAAGCAUAUAUAUUCAGGACUUAAGAAAAUAGCAGUACACAUUUAAUAAUAGCAUUGUAUAUCAAGAUGUUUUACUUUGGGAUGUGGAUGUGUUUUGUUACAGAUGAGAAUAUACAAAUCAAGCAUUCUCUUAAUUGACAGUUUGUUAGAAUUUCAGGAUUACCUGGUAUCCCCAUAGAAUGUCAUGAGAUCUUUGGGACUAAAUACUAGAAGCAGCUCUUUGUAGCAUGUUUGCACUGAAUGUUUUAGAGUCACGGUUGCUGUCUUUUUAAUUCCUUCUUUGUCUUUUCCUACUGUGGUGAUUAAGGGUCCUGUUGCGGUAUUGGAAUUAGCCCUUUUGAUCCAGGCACACAGCUGCAAUUGAAGCACUGGAGGAAGCUGUUGGUUGUGACUUUAAAACCCAGCCUGGACCGCACAGACCAUGCUCCGUGCUAGUCUUGCUAUUAUGGAAGACCCUGUGCCCUCCCUUCCCCCAGUUAAUCUACUGUCAACUUUAAAGUCUUCAUAUCAUCAGGCAGAGCACUUACUUGAGUAUAUUAUCGUCCAAUUCCUCAUCUUAGUCCCAUUAAAUAUUUUUGGAUAAAAAAAUGGCAAACUCAGAAAUAAUGAUCUUUUGUGCCUCAGUGAAUCUACUUGUAGACACCAAGCUUAUCUCUUAGAAGAAAAUCCAGUGUGUACUGCUAUUUUUAGAACCAAAAAGCAUGACUCUGAUCGGAGCAUUUUUCUCAGCCUUUCCUUUGUCUUGAUCUAUUGUCAAUGCGAAUAAAACUGCCAGACUUAAAAUACUCACAAUUGUGCUAAAACAAACACUGUUUAGAUUGUACAUAACUUUGCAGUGUAACUCAGCUGUCUCUUUAAGGAUUGUGUUAGGUAUAAGACUGUUUGCAGUCCUUUUUCAGAGCAAAUUUUAACAGGUACUUGUGAAUUGUUUGAAAAAUAGAAAAUUACAGAAAUCUUAAUUUGGGGUGGGGACUUAAAGGGAAAAAACAAAACAGGACCAAAGUUUAUGUGCCUUCUUCAGUAGUCUUAAUUGACUUUUUCUUCCUAUUUAAGACUAAGGUAGCAUUGGUAUUUUGGUUUUCAGGAAAUAUCUACUAUAUAGAUGAAGGGACUAUUGUCCCACAAACUGGUCAUACAAGCAAAUAGUUAUAACUGAGUAAAAAGUCAGUUACACUUUGCCUUCAGCACAUCAUGCAGAGCAUUGUACCAAUUCAAGAGCGUAACUGCUCCCAGUCUUGAUAGUAGUCACCUUAGCUUUCACAGCUUGUCAGGGACCUCGGUGUUGAUAGCAGUCAUAACUGAAAGCUGCUUAUGGCAAACUUCACUUAACACUGUCAGCAGAGUUUUAUUGUUAUGUUCUUUGUAGUAGUUGUAAGAACAGGUCUUUUAGGUAGGAGGUUUUGGUUUUGUGUCAUUAAGACUAUCAUACUGUAGUCUUUUUUGUUUCUUGGUUGUCAUUUGUUUGUUUGUUUGUUUGUUCCUUACUACUCAUUGUUACCCAGAUCUUUAGAAACACAUCCCAUACCUAGUAAGUACUAAUUACAAAGAUUGCUGACCACACCAAGUUUUACAUUGAAAUUUCACCUCAUUGCUCUGACCAAAGACUGCUUGUUCUGGUUUUGACUCAUUCAUUGGUGAAGCAUUUUCCCUGAGCUCUUUUCUGAAAGAUCCUAUGCAGAGCGGCCUUGACUUUUCAUUUCCUAUUGGUGAAUAGACUGCUUAGAGAAAAUUGGAGUUUACUAUGAACAGAGUAGCAGCAAGGAUAGAUGGUUAUUUUCAGUACUGUAUUUUGAGUGUGUGGGGGGGAAUAUAGCACAGCUAGAAGCUUCUAACAGUGUCUUGUGUUUUACAUGGUCUGUUCAUAAAAUUCCCUUUUUCUGUUUGUAAGAAUGUUCAUCUAACAGAAGAAAAUGCUGUAAAUAUUUGUAACAACUUUUUUUUUUAAACCAGGCCAAAAGAAAAAAAAAAGGUUUUCGGGAACAAGUUAACAUACAAAAUGGUUUUAUAUAAAACAGCGAUUGUCUUGUAUAUUUUGAUAAGCAGCAGUACCAGAUUUCAUUUGUAAUACAGUUUGUGGUAUUGGAAGAAAAGGAUUCUGUGAUUGUCUAAGUGAAUUAUGUUAUAAAUGCAAAGAGGAGAAAAUAUUAAAAACAUAUUUUCUAACUGUGUAGUGCAUGGUUAAUUCAGGCUUCUGUACACUACAAUAUCGAUUCCAUUUCCCUUUGGUUUGUAUAUUUGAUAACUGUUCCUUGGAAUCUCAGUCUCUUUUCCUAACACAUACAGCAUUGUAGCAUGCCUUUUAAUAAAUGUCAUGGCAUCUGUACUCUCUUAA